AAUGGUUAAAGCCCAAUAGAGAAAUGAGUUAUUUUAAAAAAGAUUCAAUAAAAAGUAAUUAAGCUCCAAAUUUUGCAUUAUUGGCCCAAAGUGUCAAGUUAUGUGUGCAUCAAUAAUGUUAUCACGACGUCUUCAUAAACUGUUGAAAACUGUUGAACGCAGAGCAGUCGUUCGAAUGUUUAUCACCGGCGACAAUGUACAUCUUAACCUCUCAACGAACGGUAUCAAUGUGACCAGAAAUUUAUAUCAUUUAUCCAGAAAAAUAACUCCGUUGACGUUGAGAAGCAACACAUGGAGUACAGGAAAACAAAAUAAAAUAAUAACGAAAUCACUUCACUCAUUAGUUGAGGAAAAAAAAAUAAACGAUCACGUGUCUGAAAAUGGUCUCGCAUAUAAAAUCUUGAAGGGUUCUGAAAGAGUAUUUAAAACUUUUGGAAUUCCAUUCCAACUAACGAAUAGUUUAUCGGUUGACGAAAUUGAAAGAUUGUUGUGCGAAGAUUGGACGAAUUUCACUGCUGAUGAAGCUCUCAAAGCUUUCGAAAAACUGUCCUAUUCGGCCAAGAUCAAACAUGAAUGUUUCAAAGAAGAUAAACACAGCCCGAUUUUGAAAGCCUUAAACACUAAACUACCUGAACUCAAUGAUGAACAGCUGCAAACUGUAUUUGGUUGUUUAUCGCUGUGGGACAAAUUACCGGCAACUAAAUUCUCAGCUUAUGUGACAUUUUGUUCGCAUCUUAAUGAUGAAUGUCUUGCAAGAUUACCUCGCUGGAGUCAUGAAGAAGCACUUUCAAUGUGCGACUGUUGGUAUUCUAUCAAAUGGACAAAAAAAGCUUCUUUCAACCUGACCGUUUUGCGAAAGUUGGGUAAUAAACCCAGGCAGCUUAAUCCUACCAACUUUCUUCAUUACAUGUUUGUCGUUAACACUUGUCGCAAACCUCCGAUCAAUGUAUACGAAUUGGAAUAUCAUUUAAGUCACAUAUUGGACCAUUACAGUGCUAAUGAACUUGGCAUUAUUGCCAUGGCUUUCUUCAAAUGCCAAACUCCCAUUAGAGAUCAAAACAUUAUCAAUACUAUGCACCUUAAAAUAAUUGCAGACAUUGAUAAUAUUGAGGAUGUUGCUCUUAGCGCUAUCAUGAAAAUAACUAGAUACAGCACAGGUCUUCAAAAUUUAAACGUAUUUUCAGAUCUUCUUACAAUGCUGAUACCGAAAGUACCAAAAUUAUCAAUUCCUUGUUUGACUAACAUCAUACAUGCAACUGCCUAUGUUCAAAUUCACAAACCGGAAUUGAUGAAUGCUGUGAUAAAGAAAUUUGAGGAAAACAUCGAUGAAGCCAGAAUCAAAGAUCUCGAAAGAUUAACGUGGGCACUUGGAAUAUUUGCCUACGAGCGUGAUACCCCGAUAUAUAACAAGAUAAUUGAAAGUUUGCGAGAUCCGAAACGUGAAUUGGAGCUUACUCUAUACCCGAAAACGCUUCCAACGAUAUUGAGUCACUUUUCUUUCGCAAAUAUUUUUCCAAUCGAUUUGAUUAAAAGAGUAUUUGACCCGGAAUUUUUGAAGAGAGUGUACGGGAAUAAUGCUUUUAGAAUCGGCCGGGACUUUUUUUCGUUGGAAAUGAACAUCAAAAUUGACCUACCUGAAUAUGAUGGACCAUUUCUCAUGCCUACCCUUUUGGAAUUCCUAGCCAAAAGAUACGUAUUGGACAAGAUGAAUUCUAGUCCAAAAUCAACCUAUUCUGAUAAGUUUACCAGGGAAGUUGUGCAUAUGUGUAAGUUCGCUGUGAAAGCCGGCACUCCAAUUUCCAUCGAACAAGUAUUGCCCCAAUACGUUAAACCGGAUAUUAUCCUGUGCUUUGACGAAGCAAACAAUCCAGUAGAUCCGCAGCCUAUCCUGUCAAAAACUGAUCAAGGUUAUAUCAAAUACGUACCUGACGAAGGGAAACAUCUCAAGUGGAUUGCAGUAAAUCUCGCAACGCAGAACCAAAUAAUCAAGGGAGAUAAUAAGGUUGUUGGUCCUUUGAAUUGCAAAAUGAAACAACUGCAGAAAAUUGGUUAUACUACAAUCAUGAUAAAUAUCAACGACUGGCACGACCUCCUGACGCUGGAACAUAAAUCAGAAUAUAUAAGAGAAAAACUUUGUCACGUACUUGAUCUUGAAGCCUCCAAGCAACAGCAAAUCGAUUCGGUAUCAUAAAUUAUGUAUUAUAUUUUUCAAUAAUACAAUAAUUAUCUGCAUAUACUGUAUAAAAAUCGUAUUAAGUAACAUAGAGACAACAUCGCUAAUAAAAGUUUAUCACAAGGUCA